ACACACAUGCACACGCGCGCACACACACACGGUCAUGCAGAGGGAGGGAGGGAGACAGAGAGAGAGAGAGAGAGAGAGAGGUAGAGCGCCACACACAACGAGGGAACCCCAUCAGCUGGAAGUCGAGUAACAUUACAACUCUCAGCAGCCUCAAACUACUACAUUACACAGCCGAGGGAUCCGGAUCUGAGGAUUUAACCCGCGUCGGAUCCCGGGAUUCCUGCUCUCUAACGUCAUUAUAUUUAUCACAUCCUACGGAGACUGUUUGCAGUGUUUUUUUAAUUUUUAUUUUGAGGAGGGGGGGGAGGCAAACUGGCGAGAGGCGAGCAUGGAGUAUUUCAUGGUACCAGCUCAGAAGGUGCCCUCCUUGCAACAUUUCAGGAAAACGGAGAAAGAAGUGAUCGGAGGUCUCUGCAGUCUGGCCAACAUUCCUCUGACCCCAGAAACAGCCCGAGACCAAGAGAGGCGAAUUCGCAGAGAGAUUGCCAACAGCAACGAGCGUCGGCGUAUGCAGAGCAUCAAUGCUGGAUUCCAGUCACUUAAAACACUCAUCCCACACAGCGAUGGAGAGAAGCUCAGUAAGGCUGCCAUCCUGCAACAGACGGCGGAGUACAUUUUCACUUUGGAGCAGGAGAAGACGCGGCUUUUGCAGCAGAACAGUCAGCUCAAACGAAUCAUACAAGAGCUAAGUGGUUCCUCCCCCAAGAGGAGGCGUGCGGAGGAGAAAGAUGAAGGGAUCGGCUCACCAGACAUCCUGGAGGAGGAGAAGACUGAAGACUUGAGGAGGGAGAUGAUUGAGUUAAGGCAGCAGCUGGAAAAAGAGCGCUCGGUCAGGAUGAUGCUGGAAGAUCAGAUGCGUUCCCUGGAUGCUCAGUUGUACCCAGAGAAACUGAAGGCUAUCGCCCAGCAGGUCCAGGAGCACCAGACCCAGACACAGAGCCUUGUCCAUCUGCAGCAGCACAAGCAGCUGGAGAGGGAUCUCACUCCAGCACACAGCCCACAGGUGUUGGCCCCAGCUACCCCCCCUGCACCUACACACCAUGCCACAGUCAUCGUCCCCGCACCUGCCCAGCCUCCCCAGCCCCAUCACGUCACCGUGGUAACCAUGGGACCGACAUCAGUUAUCAACACAGUGUCCACAUCUCGACAGAACCUGGACACCAUCGUUCAAGCAAUCCAGCACAUCGAGGGCACCCAGGGGAAGGGCUGUACCGGCGAGGAGGAGCAGCGGAGGGCAGUCAUCGUCACUUCAGGCCGUGUCCUCUCCGACGCGGCGGGCUCAGACACGGCCUCAAACAGCGAUGGGCCCGACGAUUGCUCACUGCCUUGAGGUCAUCCCUGACGUCUCGUGCGCCGUACACCUACAUUCACGCACACACUUACACACAAAGGGCCCAAGCAGACCAGGGCUACAGGAGGCUACAACCCCACAGCACUCUGGAAGUUACUAGGGCUGGUAGACAGAUUGAAGCACUCGUUUUUUUUCUUUUCAGUAUACACUCUACAUGUUGUACCGUAAUAGGCAGCCCGAAUAGGUUUACACUUAGACACUCAUACAUUUCUCUGCUUCUCUUUAGCCCCCUGCUCUCUCACACACACUCAUGUCUGUUCCUUUUACAAUAGAGAGGUUAUUAUUAGAGCGGUUACUUCACUGACAGAUCUGUAAAUCCUCCGUCAUACUGGAUACUAGAAUGUCUGCUAAACAUCACCAUUAAUCACCAGGACUGUUGUCUUUAUUCGGCCCUGAAGCUGCGUGACUGACCCACGAAACAGGAGACAGAGCCCAGCAGUGCGUGGCGUCAACGCCGCCCAACACCAGAGCAUUUCCGUUUAAGAUGAACAUCCUUGAGCUGUUUGGAGAGACCCUGUGAGCUCUCAAAGUUCCACUUUUUAGGCUUCUGGAUGACAGAAUAAUGUUUCUACUCUUGUGAAGUCUACUUUUUCAUGUUUUGUUUCUGUAAGGUUCCCUCAGCCAGCAAGUUAAAGUGAUUGUACUGGAAAUACACACAUGGAGAAAAAAAAAAGACGCACCACAAUGACGGGAAUUUAAAAGCUGUUUUCACGGCUGACUGGUGCUCACAGGAAAUGAAGUGAAGCUCAGGAGGAGAGAGUGCGCUUACUGGUUCAUAGCUCUAUUCUUUUUAUUUGUUUGUUUGUCGGCAAUUGUUUUUUUUUUUUGUUUUUUUUUUUUUUACUGGGCUGGGUUCCCAGUAAUCCCACACAUGUAUUUGGCAUGUUCUUGUUUUGACUCAUGGCCUGACAAAAAAAUAUCAGUGCUUUGACACUUCUUGACACCCUCCUCCCUCUUGAAUAUAAAAGCACCUGGCUUGUUAAAUAAGCUAAUCUGUGGGCACUAUUGAGUGAUCUCCACUGUUUCUGGUGUAUGUGUGUGUGUGUGUGUGUGUGUGUGUCCCAUUUAGUGUUUGAAUCAGCAGGGCCUAGCAGUGUCCCAGACUCUGGCAGUCUGCAGCAGCACUGCUUUCGCCUUGAAAUAAAGGCACGCGUGUAUGUGCGCACAACACUCACACAUACAGAUACGACUGACAUACAAUCACAUACUCGCUCAAUCUUAAGAGCUGGUUUUAUUCAGCCCUGAACAGUGUAGUUUCUAGUCCUCAUUAUACAUGAAAUAUGAGGAAAAUGCCCGGUGAAAUUGUCUGAAUGUGCCAUGGAGGUGACCGGGCUGACUACACAUGCUCUAUGCAUUUCCUUACGUUUUUCUUUGUGCGCUUUCUGUGUAGCUUUCUGCGCUAUUUACCCGUUUCUGCGUAGAUGAUACUUAAAACGUUUUUGCCUGGAACUGUUGGUUGACAGACAGACUUUAAGACAUGUAGCUCAGCGAGGCAGCAGCUUGCCUUACUACAAGCCCGUGGGUGCAGGGAGGCACUGUGAAGCCAGCCUUAACACAGCCCCCGGGUCUGAGAGACGAACCUGAACACUUGAUCUGGGCCGUUGGGUGGCCACUGGAAUCCCUCUGCUUUUUCCCCUCGCAUGUGUUAGAAUUAGGGCUGGGCGAUAAGGGGAAUAUCAAAUACCACAAUAUUUUUUACGAUAAACCUCGAUAACAGUAUUGUGACGAUAUUGUUGGGUUGACUGUUGGCCUGGUCACAAAUUUAGGGCUGUCCCGAUUACCAGUUUUUGGGCAUUGCAGCUUCAAUGAGAAACUUUGGCCAUACAUCAAAGCUUCCACAAAAAUAACGUGGCAAUUAGCCACUUCGUUAGCACGCAGGUUGCACAUUAGCCGCAAUAACUAGAGAAAAAAAAAAUUCUUUGCAAGACACAUAAGCUGUUACUUACAGUUUUUAGGUGAGCUCUUUGAGGAUAUGUGACAUACCAGUUUCCUUUGUCGCAUCUGGCACAGAUUUGGAAACUAUUCCAGACGCUAGACGUUUUCGACAUCUUGCUAGCGGAUCUAUAAGCCUGUCACGCAUGGUCAGACUGUCCCAGUUUCAGUGACAUUACAUGAGUCGGAGAGUUACAAAACAAUCACUAGAUUUAAACGUCGUCUGAGAAUAACUAUAAAUAAUUUAUGCUGAUGCUUAAUAAGUAAUGUUGGAUAAAUAUUUCUUAAUUUACAGGCUAUUUUGGUUUCAGGGGGUAAUUCAUAUAUACAUUUUAAAAAACAGCAUUGAAAUACUAAUGUUUGACAUCGAUUACCAUGGCAACGAUUCGGGUCAGCCCUAUACAAAACAUUUACACAAUAAGAUUUUGAUAAUCAUCAGUAAUGUGGAUAUAAUGUCUAAGCUAAUGAAUAAUAAAAUGGCUAGAGCAGUCCAGUAAGUGGAGACAAUUACAUCACUUUACUGUAAUGUAACGAUAUCCAAAAUCUGACAUUCUCUCAUCUCGUAUGGCGAUAUCAAUAUAAUAUCGAUAUAUUGCCCAGCCCUAGUUAGAAUAUAUAUUCCCAGUUAUUUUGUCUUUUACUUAUGUUUGUUUUUAUGAUGUUUUGCCACAAAUAUGAACAGGUUGCUGAUAUACUAAUUACAUUCAAGCGCUCCUGAUAUUUCUUUUUUCUCUGUAAGUAUUCAUUGUAUCUGAAUACUGACUCCUUGUUGGAUUUACAUGUAGAUUUGCAACCGUUGGCCCCUUCGUGUGCACUAUUAAAGCCAGAUUUAUGUGGGGGGGAAAAUUCCACAUUGAAAUGUCGACAUUCCAUGAAAUUUUACCCAUUUUUCCCCGUCAGGUUACUUUUCAAAAAUGGAGCCUGUUUUAUUUAGAGAUUAGAGUUACAUUUAGUGCUUUUGACACAUCAGUGCUGUUUUAUAAUUGCAUUUAGGGAUAAACACUUUAUUCGAAUCACCUGCAUCGAUGCAUAGAUGGAGCUUUGAACUGCUGGACAGAUAAUGCGUUCGAUUGAACGCACCUCAUCUAUCAUGAUUCAUGUCAUGGAAUUGCCCUUUAAAGAAAUAUUGAUGUCAGCUGCACUGAAACGAGUGACGCGUCUGUCAGAUUAAAUCAUGGGACAUUUUCCCAGCAUUCAUUACUACAUAAUAGGAAGGGGAUUCCUGGAUAUUGAAAACGUGUUUUUGCAAGCUCUGCUUUUUGUAGAGCUCUAACUUUUUCCCUCCGAGUAUCUGCAUUUGGUAGUUUUCUGCUGAAUACCGGAACUGUUUUAUUUCCAUCUGUGUUUUACACUCUGUUCUGCGUGUUAGGAAACGUUACGUGGACAUAUCAGAUUGUCAGAUGAGUGGGGUGGGCCUGGGGAUCAUUAAAUGGGGUCAAGAUUACAAAGCACUUACUGUACUAUACUGGAGUCCGCCUCUUUCUUUUGUAAAAAGGGGCAUCUCCUCAGCUGAAGCUCUUGAGGUUAUGAGUAAAAGCCGCACAGCUGUGUAUCCCCCUUUCCCUCCAUGUCUACACCUCCUCCAUCUUGUCCUGUUUGCCCCUCACAUCUCCUUUUUUUUAUUUGCAAAAUCUUUUAUGCUGUCUUUGUUUAUCUCGUCAGUAUCUCUUGUCUCCUUCACAUUUCACAGCUCCUUCCUGUCCCUUUCCUUCUGUCUCUUCUGUGUAACCUUUUUUUUUUGUUAGACCUGUCAGUGCAUAUGGUCAUCAAGAAGCUAUUUUGUGUCUGUUUUGUUUUUAAGAGAAAUGUUUUGGGGAUAAAGAGGCUUGUGCCUUUGUAAAGACAGAAUAAUAAAGUUUGUACUUUGUUUUUUACGCA